AUUGCUUGUUUAAGUACAGUCGCAUUUAGUUGGAGCUGCAGGAGAGAGACAGAGAGAUUCUCUGUGUUUACAGCCAGCGCAGGCUACGGCGAGCAUCUAACCUGGACCCCCCCUUUCUCCAGCACUUGAAGGGGAGAGUGCAAGGCUAUUUGGGAAUCUGGGCACCACAGGUCAGCUUUCGCUGCGACUGGAUUGUCAGAGCUGGUAAAGCAGAGCCCAGGGGGACUGAAGGGAGACACGAAUCCCAUUUUCUUUGAGAAGGGGGGUGAAAAAGAGAGGAAAAAAAGAUAAAUCGAGAGAGAAGCGAAGAGAAGGAGAAAAAGGCAGAGGAAGCGGAGAGAGUGACAGAGAAAGCAUGAGGACCUACUGGCUGCACAGUAUCUGGGUGCUGGGAUUCUUCCUGUCCCUCUUCUCCUUGCAAGGGCUGCCAGUCCGCAGCGUGGAUUUUACCCGAGGUACCGAUAACAUCACCGUGAGGCAGGGGGACACAGCCAUCCUCAGGUGUUAUGUAGAAGAUAGAAGCUCCAAGGUGGCCUGGUUAAAUCGUUCCGGCAUCAUUUUUGCUGGAGAGGACAAGUGGUCUCUGGACCCUCGAGUAGAGCUGGAGAAGAGAAACCCCCUGGAAUACAGCCUGCGGAUCCAGAAAGUGGAUGUCUACGAUGAGGGGUCCUAUACGUGUUCAGUGCAGACACAGCAUCACCCCAAGACUUCCCAGGUUUACUUGAUCGUGCAAGUUCCACCAAAGAUCUCCAAUAUCUCCUCGGACAUCAUUGUGAAUGAAGGCAGCAACGUAACCCUGGUUUGCAUGGCAAAUGGGCGUCCUGAACCUGUCAUCACCUGGAGGCACCUCACCCCAACAGGCAGAGAGUUUGAAGGCGAGGAAGAGUAUCUGGAGAUCCUAGGGAUCACGCGAGAGCAAUCGGGCAAGUACGAAUGCAAAGCUGCCAAUGAGGUUGCUUCAGCAGACGUCAAGCAAGUCCGGGUCACUGUGAACUACCCUCCCACCAUCACAGAGUCCAAGAGCAAUGAAGCGGCCACAGGACGACAAGCCUUACUCCGGUGCGAGGCAUCAGCAGUGCCCACACCUGAUUUCGAGUGGUACAGAGAUGAUACCAGGAUAAACAGCGCCAACGGUCUGGAGAUAAAGAGUACGGGGACCCAGUCUCUGCUGAUGGUGGCCAACGUCACUGAGGAACACUAUGGGAACUACACCUGCGUGGCUACCAACAAGCUGGGGGUCACAAAUGCCAGCCUAUACCUUUACAAGCGAGUUUUACCCACACUCCCCAACCCUUUUCCAGGACCCGGCACAGGGAGAGUAGACAACGGCUCCAUGAGUCUGGCCGUCCCACUGUGGCUGCUGGCAGCGUCCCUGCUCUGCCUACUCAGCAAAUGUUAAUACAAAUCAGUAUUAAAAAUAAUAAUAAUAAUAAUUAAAAAAAACAAAACAACAACAACAACACGACAACAACAACAACACACAAAACAAAACAGGAGACAGAGCGAAGAGGGGAGAGAGAAAAAGGGGUGGGGGGGAGAGAGAGGACUGUUUCUUUCACAACUUUUGUGUGUUCAGGAGCGAAGAGGGGGGGAGAGGAAAAAUCAUAGCAAAGAAGACUCAGCAACAUUUAACCCGAAACCUGACAAGCCGGCUGUCAAGUCACCAACCAUCUAGGAGACAACACAGCGCAAGGCAGAGAGCAGAGCGCCAGCAAGGAUCGUGCCGCCGGAGGAUGCUGCAAUGUAAAACAAUCCAAUGACACCCACAAAACCAGUCUAACAGAAGAUCCCUUUUCUUUUCUCUCCUCCUCCCUCUUUUGCAUACUCCCUUACCUUCCUUCCUUCCUCUUUCUUUCUUUUGCGGAAAGAGAGCUAUGCUUCGCUGUCUAUAGCCACUUCACUUUUUGGAUGCCCUGGGUCAUUUUUGUGAGCUGAUGCUCGGCCAGUUCAUACUUUUGAAAAGAAAGAAAAA